AUGGACUGGAUGCUGAAGAUUGCCUCGCUUCUCCUCGUCGCUCUGUCGGCGUCUGCCCUGCCGGCAGAAAUCGUCGACGACAUCGACCCAGCCGCUCGCGGCCUCGCCUUUGCGCCAAAGCCCUCUCCUCCCGUGCCCGACGUGGUCGACGACCCCGCCUGGCUCAUCGCCACCUCUGGGUUCUGCUCGAACCUCGACGUCGUGAUCAAGGAGCGCGACGUCGGGGCGAGCGAGACGGAGGGCGACACCGCGGCCCACUUCAUCGCCGACAUCUCCUUCAACUACUACCCGCAGACGGCGGUCAAGUUCACCGAUUUCCCUCACCACCUCGCGAAGACCAUCGAGGGCGACGCUGCUGAGGCGGACGCGCUGAUCUCGAGUGCGUGGGACCACAAGAACAUCGCGCUGCUCGAGCCGACGUCCUCGUGCGGCGCUGACGACCAGAGCAGUCAGGCGUGGGGGAUCUCGGUCUUCAAGGUGGAGGAGCACCGCCACUGCACGGACGGCGAGACGGCGUGGGAGGGACAUCCUUGCGUCCACUACUCCGGCUACGUCUCGGCGGCUACGUCCAACUUUGUCAACGUGAACGAGGGGCGGUUCGCGGACGCGCUGAUCUCGAGUGCGUGGGACCACAAGAACAUCGCGCUGCUCGAGCCGACGUCCUCGUGCGGCGCUGACGACCAGAGCAGUCAGGCGUGGGGGAUCUCGGUCUUCAAGGUGGAGGAGCACCGCCACUGCACGGACGGCGAGACGGCGUGGGAGGGACAUCCUUGCGUCCACUACUCCGGCUACGUCUCGGCGGCUACGUCCAACUUUGUCAACGUGAACGAGGGGCGGUUCGUCUGCCAGCUGUUUGUCGACUCAAACUGCCGUGAAUGUCAUAUCGUGAAUGCCGUGAAUGUCGUGAAUGCGGCAGAUUUUCUUUUUUAG